AUGCCGCUCCUUCGCCGUCGCCCCGUCCAGCUCCUCCCUCUGCCCAACCUCGACAACGUGCCCCAAGACACGCCCGUCUUCUACCUCAAAGCCACCGGCGAGGUCUUCCUCGACUACGAGGCCUACGCCGCCCGCCUCUCGUUCCUCCUCACGCGCCAGUUCCAGUGCGAGUACUCGGGCAAGAGCAGCCUCGACUACUUUACCGCCCUCCAGAGCGAGAAGACCGAGUCCAAGAUCGUGCGCGAGCGCUUCCCCGACCCGCUCAAGGGCCGCGUCCUCGCCAGCGUCCAGUUCCGCGUCAUGGGUCGCCUCGACUCGCUCGUCGACCUCGUCUUCGACCGGUACAAGGACCGCUACUUUGCCGGCGAGAAGGUCUUUGUCGACCUGAGCGGCGACAAGUACUUUGCCCGCAUCAACCGCGUCUUCCCUCCGCCCAACGUGCGCGCCAACGCCGACGCCGCCGCUUCGACCUCUGCCGCGCCCGAGCCCGACUACAACACGUUCGCGCACAAGGUCGGCGUCGACCUCAACGUCGAGGCCAAGCAGGCGCGCGCCAACGAUGACCCGGACGAGUACCUGUACACGCUCCAGCUCAUGGACGAGGAGCACAAGUUCGAGGGCAGCUCGAUGGAGGUCAGGGCCAAGGCGCUCUCCCGCGACCGACUCGCCUUCUCAAAGUCGAUCCUCAAACGGUACCUGCGCGAGUGCCUCAUGCGCGAGGCGGCCAUCGGCGCCCCGUGGAUCGUCAAGCCGUCGAUCGCGCGCGCGUUCAACAUCCCCGUCCAGCAGAGCGGCACCAUUGAGGAGCGCAACCGCGCCGCGCGCGAGGCCAAGCUCGCCAAGCGCAGGAAGCCGCUCGCCGAGGGCGAGUCGCCGGCCCCUGCUCCCAAGAAGCGCAAGACGGCCCCGACCGAGCCCAAACCUGCUGCUGCUCCCGCGACGCCCAAGGUGCCCGCCGAGCCCAAGAAGGCCGUCAAGUACCCGAUCGAGGACCUCGAGCUCGACCCCAUGUCCAUCAUCGACGGCCGCAUCCUCCGACGCGUCAACGCCGAGCUCCCGUCGCUGCCGCCAAAGCCGCAGCCGCAUCGCGACCUGCCCGUGCCGGCCGACGUCUUUGACCGCUUCAUCGAGACGUGGAACAUCCUCAACAUCUUUUCCAAAUCGCUCAACCUGUCGCCGUUCACGCUCGACGACUACGCCGGCGCGCUCAAGCACGACACGACCUCGCCGCGCUGCGUCCUCCUCACCGAGAUCCACGCCUCGCUCACCAACAUCAUCGGGACCGACACGUCGCGCGUGCUCGGCUCGACCAUGGCCGUCACCUCUCACGGCGGCGGCAGUGCCGGUGCGGCCAAGGCCGACUCGGCCGCGACGCCCGUCCCCGAGGACGGCGCCGAGAGCGUCAACGGCGGCGGCGGCGCCAACGGCGAGGGCGUCGACGAGCUCGCGGCGUCGGCGGGCGACGGCAACGACGGCGACACGACCCUGGCCGACGCGACCGACGACAUCCCGUACGAGGAGUCGGAGCUCAACAAGCUCGUGCGCAUCGGCAUCUCGUACGCCAAGCGGUGGGACCGCCAGGCCAAGCUCAAGUACUCGGAGGGCCGCGACGGCUGGGAGAAGCACCUCAUCGGCGCCAUGUGCCAGCGCGGCGGCCCGCACUACCUGUUCAACUUUGUCCGCAUCAUGCGCCACUUGUUCGCCGGCCACCCCAAGCUGCCCAAGCCCGACUUUGUUGACGACGAGCCCGUCGCCGGCGGCGGCGAGGUCGACGAGGACGUCAAGCCCUCGACCGCCGAGGGCCCGAGCGUCGCCGCGACCAACGGCGACUCGUCCGCCUCGGCGCCCGCACCCGUACCUGCUCCUGUCGCCGCCGCCGCCGCCGCCACCGGCUCGUCGCGCGCCGGCUCGCGCCGCACGUCGCCCCAACCUGUCGUCGUCGAGCAGGACCCCGAGAAGCAGUACCUGUCGCUGCCGCUGGAGGACAAGCUCGACAUCAUCGGGUACCUGUGCACGCUCGUCAUGGGCUCCAAGGCCGUGCGCGGCUACGUCGACGAGUGCGACCUCAAGUUGACCGAGCUGAGGAAGACGAGGGCCGACGUCAACAAGGAGCGCAAGUCGCUCACCGAGCAGAAGACGAUCGCCGACGCCAAGGCGGCGGGCAAGCUCGACGCGGCGACCAUGAACGGCUCGAGCGGCGGGUCCAAGGCGGCCAACGGCGACGCGAUGGACGUCGAGUCGGCGCCGGCGUCCGAGGCCGACGGUCGCUCGUCGCGUGCGCCGUCCGUGAAGCCGGGCAAGCCCGUCGGCGGCGAGGGCGACGACGAGGACGAGGACCAGCUCGUGUCGGACGCCGAUUCGUCGGUCGCGCCGUCCGAGGCCGGCUCGCUCUCGGCCGCGUCGCGUCGCCAGGCCGCCCUCGAGGAGAAGCGCCUCGAGAAGCUCGGCGGCAAGUCGUCGGGCCGGUCGAGCCUCGCCGGCGGCACCCGGGCCAAGGGCGCGUCGCUCACGGUCGAGGACCGCCUGCGCGUCAACGCCGAGCGCGACGACGAGGUCGAGCGCGAGUUCCGGCGGUACCUCAACGUGUCGCGCUGCCGCCCGCUCGGCAAGGACCGCUUCCACUGCCGGUACUGGUGGUUCGACGGCGUCGGCUCGAUGGACCUCGUCUCGGACGGCGCGCCCGUCCUGCGCGACGACGGCGACAACGUCGUGUACGGCACGGGCCGGCUCCUCGUGCAGGGCCCGAGCGAGGAGGACUGGGAGGUCCUCGUGGACCAGAAGGACAAGGGCGACGAGGGCGCCAAGGCGAUCCUCGCCCGGCGCAUGCGGGAGGAGGUCGUCGACGACCCGAGCCUGUUGCUCGGCGUCAACGAGUGGGCGUGCUACGACGACGACGAGACGAUCGAGACGCUCCUCGGGUGGCUCAACAGCAAGGGCACGCGUGAGCUCGCCCUCAAGAACGCGAUCACCAAGUGGCGGCCGUUCGUGAGCGCCGGUUCGAAGAAGCGGCUUCACGACCUCGCCAACCCCGAGCUGCCGCGCUACGAGGCGCAGGUGACGUCUGGGCGUCGCUCGAGCCGCAAGGUCGAGUACCAGCCCAACACGUACCUCGGCUGGCAGAACCAGAACCCCAAGUUCGUCUGAGCGCGAGCGCCGACGAGGAAAAGCGCCUGGCCUGUCUGUCGGGCUUGAGCGCGAGCUGUGAUUCCUUCUCCCUGUCUUUCCUGGCCCCGUCUCUCUGUGUCUGUCUGUCUAUCUAGCGUACUGCACUGCACCGUCGUUCCUUCUC